AUGACUCGCGCUACUCUAGAAAAGGCCGGAAUCUCUGAAGAACGCAUUGUGAAGCAGCCGAUAGUCAUCACUGGCUUCGGUGGAGAAAGGAGAGUUACUAUCGGAUGCGUAACAGUUGAUUUAGCCGUUGGAGAGAUUCGCUCGGCCACCAAGUUCCAUAUUAUUGAUUCUGAUGCAAAUUAUCACAUCAUUCUAGGGAGGACCUGGAUGCAUAGAUAUGGGGCUGUACCAUCAAGUUAUCAUCAGUGUGUUAAGGCUAAAUGGGGAAAGAAGACGGUGACAAUUCAGGCUACAGAAAGGCCGUUCGAGAUCCAUGAAGCUGAUUAUUCUGAUGCCAUCUACUUCACCGAACUGGCUGUCGAAGAAGUUCCCACCACCUCUAAGCCUCGAGGGGUCAAAAUUCCUCGUUGGGAGGAUAUCAAAGAUGACAAGGAGCCGAUGACAGAAUCAAGUAAGCGGGCGAUGUCUAGACCAGAAAGUCCGCCUAUUCCUCGGAAGGUGAUGAAAGUUCGAGAAGGAGAUGUGUUUGCUUGGUCAUAUAAGGAAAUGCCCGGACUAGAUCCUGACCCAGUCUCCCACUAUCUUGAUGUGUUCCCAAACUCCAAGCCAAUUAAGCAAGCUGCUCGAAAAUAUCAUCCAGAUCUCGAAGAGAAGAUUAAGGAGGAGAUUGAAAAACUUCAACAGGCUGGUUUCAUCCGGCCAAUACAGUACCCACGUAGUUAG